CACCAAAUCUUAGAAUAUCGCAUGUUUAUGCUAACAUAAACGUAAACGUACUGAGACAGAGCGACAUCUAUAAGUACUGAGGCACUGGAGAGUUUACAGUGACUACAAGGUGUGCUAUCCGAUCUAAUGGAGUCAGAAAGUGCGGAUGUGGUGCAGUCAUUGGGUGCUGAGGAUGAACCGGCCUCUACAUCCGUGUCAGCUGACGUUGAAAAUGACAGCUCAAGCCAAAAUACCGAGAUUAGCAGUAAGGACACUUCGCAGAAGUCCGGUCAGGUGCAGCAACUGUGUCGCUUCUACUCUCAGGGCAGGCGAUGCUAUUAUGGGAAAAGGUGCCGAUUUCUUCAUCAAAGAGCUGCGAGUGCACACAAUGAUGAAGAGAACGGUACGACUCUCAAAGAGAAAGAAGGAAGUACGGAUGGUCACCCAUUAGACCCACGGCAGCAAAGGAGUGAAAACGGACAGUCUGGUAUAGAGGUUCUGCCCCCGUCCAGCCACAGAACUGCUCCUGUAAAGCAAGAGAGAAUCAGACGACCCUGCCGCUACUUCCUGUCUGGGUUUUGUGCAAUGGAGGACCGUUGUCGCUUCUUGCAUCCACAGCAAUUUCCACCCGUGGAGGACCAGCCUCACGGCCCUAAAGAGAGGAGCAGCUUCAGGCCUUCUGCUCCGGCCACACGUCCAGCUAAAAGUCAAGAGCAGGUCAAACUGGCUGAUCUCACUGACGAGGUUUGCAAGCAGCUGAGAGCCACUGAGAUCGCUCAGCUCACGAAGAGAUUUCCCAAAGACAAACUCAUCGUGCAGGAGCGAGAAGACGGACAGCUGAUCUACUAUAGAGUGACGGUUCAAGCCACAGACCCUGACUGGCCAUUUGAUCUUAAUGAAGUGGACAUCAUGGUCAGCUUUCCUGAGCGUUACCCUCAAGAGGUUUUCACCGUGGAUAUCCCUGAAGACCAGGACUUACCAUCAGUCAUGGGAAGACAUGUUCAGAAGGCCUCAGAAGAAUGGCUGAAGGCUAAACAUGCUACUAAUCAGCUGAUGGGAAGAGUCGAGCUGCUCUUCAGGCCGUAUUUGCGCUGGCUGGACCGUAGUAUGGAGAAACUCUUCACUGAGGGAGCCAGGCAGUUAAAGAAAGAUGUUGACCUAGAGAGGGCUGGAAUACAGUUCGUGCCCUAUGAGCAAAUUAAGGUCACCGUUUUUAAGAACGCAUCCAAGAAAUCGGACACUCCUGAGCGCAUAGUGUCAUUCACCGUGGCUUCAGGAGAGGAGGGGGAGGAAGAAGAGCAAGAUGAAGCUGGAGUAGAGAACGAGGAGGAAGAGGACGAGACUGCUUUCAGUAGUGAUGGAGAGGAAGGCAGCCAGAAGGUGGAGAACAUAAAAACAAGAGAGCGACGUAAAGGAACUGAAGUCAAACUGCUGGGUCUGAAACUGGGGGAACAAAUAGCUACUGUGGCAGCUAAACAGAUCUCGGUGUCCCUGAAGUGCAACAGGUGUAAAGUUGAUUCUGACCUGACCCUGUCGGGGCGUCUGACCUGUACUGCUCAGUGUGAGAAAUGUCAAGCAGGGAUCAGGGCUGCCUUCAGACCCAGUAUGCUGCACCACUACAGUGAUGUUUUGGGCUACCUGGACCUUAACGCAGUCGUACCUGUUGAUCUGGUACUGAAGGACUCUGUGUUCAGUGUGGGUUGCCUUAACUGCAACAAGGAGGACACAAUUCAGAACCUGACUUAUGGGCAAAACUGGGAGCAAAACUGCCAACACUGUCAUACCAAACUCAGCAUUUCUGUGGAGGCGACACGUUUCCAGUUCAUUCGGCCAGAGCCCAGAAAUCAGACAGGUGCAGCUGCCCAAUACCCUCGACGCUACAGAGACCCUGCGGUCCAGCAAGGGAAAUCUCUACCCGAUAAAGGAGCUUGCAGGCAUUUCAAACAAAGUCACCGAUGGCUAAGAUUUCCAUGCUGUGGUCGGGCAUACCCAUGUGACGUGUGCCAUGAUGAAGAUCAGGACCAUCCGAUGGAGCUGGCCACCAGAAUGAUCUGCGGUUAUUGUGCCAAAGAGCAGUCGUACAACAAUGGCAAACCUUGCAUUAGUUGUGGAGGUAUGAUGACAAGAGCAGCCUUCACAAGCCACUGGGAGGGCGGACAGGGCUGUAGAAACAAGGUUAAGAUGAGCAGGAACGACCGUCAGAAAUAUGCCAAUACAUGUAAAACGGUGGCAAACAAAAAGAAUAAAGAAAAAAGUAAUUAAUGAUACCAGAAGAUCUUCUUUUCAGCAAAUCAGGUGGUACAAGGCCAGGUACCUAAUCAUGUUUAAGUCAUCAAAUCACAUUUUUAGCAUUUUCAUUUCAAAUGAUUUUACAAAAAAGAACUGUUGCAGUGUACAAUGAAUUGGUGAUAAAAUACAUCCGAAAGAUAUAUAUAUAUAUUCAGCAUAACAUGUAAACUGCUACCACUUUUUGUACAUCUCCUCUUUUUUUUUUUGCUUGUAGGAAAACAAACAUAUUGUAUAUGCAUAAAUUCAUUAAAUCUUUGGUUUUAGAUUGCUUAAAAAUACCUGAAAUGAUGCAAGGCAAGAGUCAUUAUGCUAAAGGUUACAAUCAUUAUGAUGUGAGAUUUUAUUAUUAUUUUCAGUUCAUCACUAAACAUCUGUCUCUUAAUUUUUUUUUUUUUUUUCAAAAUACAACCAAAUCAAAUUAUGGAUACUUGUAUAUCCACAAUGUAGUAGUGCAAUAAGCAAAAUAUGGAAUGCAAAAUAUUUCUGUGCAUUUUCUAUAAUUGCAAUUAAAAUAAAAUUAUUAAAAAAGA